ACCGGUGGCGGCCGCCAGCACGCCCUGGCUCGCGGGCCGCUCUGCCGCCAGCCAUCCCCGCGGCCCUCGGCGGCCCGCGCUCGGCCGGGGGUCGCGGGAGCCUGAACCGCAACCCCAGCUGCAGCCGGAGCCGGAGGCGGCAGCCGCGAACAGGAUCCCCGGGCGCCCGAAUGCAGGAUGCUCGAGGUCCCCAAUGUCUCCGAGCCACCAAGAGUGAGGGCUGCUGCUCCACGCCCCAAGGAGGAUGCCUCAGCCGCCCGCCUGUUCCCAUCUGCACCAUGAGUGAUGAGCGGCGGCUGCCUGGCAGUGCGGUGGGCUGGCUGGCGUGUGGGGGCCUCUCCCUCCUGGCAAACGCCUGGGGCAUCCUCAGCAUUGGUGCCAAGCAGAAGAAGUGGAAGCCUCUGGAGUUCCUGCUGUGCAUGCUCGCAGCCACCCACAUGCUCAACGUGGCGGUGCCCAUCGCCACAUAUGCCGUGGUGCAACUGCGGCGGCAGCGCCCUGACUAUGAGUGGAACGAGGGCCUCUGCAAGGUCUUUGUGUCCACCUUCUACACCCUCACCCUGGCCACCUGCUUCUCUGUCACCUCACUCUCCUACCACCGCAUGUGGAUGGUCCGCUGGCCCGUCAACUACCGGCUGAGCAACGCCAAGAAGCAGGCUGUGCACACGGUCAUGGGUAUCUGGAUGGUGUCCUUCAUCCUAUCGGCCCUGCCUGCUGUCGGCUGGCAUGACACGAGUGAGCGCUUCUACACCCACGGCUGCCGCUUCAUUGUGGCUGAGAUUGGCCUGGGCUUUGGCGUCUGCUUCCUGCUGCUGGUGGGUGGCAGUGUGGCCAUGGGUGUGGUCUGCACUGCCAUCACCCUCUUCCAGACACUGGCCACACAAGUGGGGCGCCGGGCUGACCGCCGUGCCUUCACCGUGCCCACCAUCGUAGUGGAGGACGCACAGGGCAAGCGACGCUCCUCCAUUGACGGCUCGGAGCCCGCCAAAACCUCGCUGCAGAUCACGGGCCUCGUGGCCACUAUAGUCGUCAUCUACGACUGCCUCAUGGGCUUCCCUGUGCUGGUGGUGAGCUUCAGCAGCCUGCGGGCAGACGCCUCGGCACCCUGGAUGGUGCUCUGUGUGCUGUGGUGCUCCGUGACCCAGGCCCUGCUGCUGCCUGUGUUCCUCUGGGCCUGUGACCGCUACCGGGCUGACCUCAGGGCUGUAUGGGAGAAGUGUGUGGCCCUCAUGGCCAACGAUGAGGACUCUGAUGACGAGACUAGCCUGGAAGGUGGCAUCCCCCAAGAUCUGGUGUUGGAGCGUUCCCUCGACUACAGCUAUGGAGGUGAUUUUGUGGCCCUGGACAGGAUGGCUAAGUAUGAGAUCUCUGCCCUGGAGGGGGGCCUGCCCCAGCUCUGCCCACUGCAGCCCUUGCAGGAGGACAAGAUGCAGUACCUGCAGGUCCCACCCACGCGGCGUUUCUCCCACGACGAUGCAGAAGUGUGGGCCGCAGUCCAGCUGCCCACUUUCCUGCCGCGCUGGGGCUCCGGCGAGGACCUGGCCGCCCUGGCGCGCCUGGUGCUGCCUGCUGGGCCUGACUCAGGCCGCAGCGGCCUGCUGGCCUUCGGCAAGGACGCGCCCCCCUUCCGUCCGCGACGCCGAUCGGCGGAGAGCCUGCUGUCCCUGCGCCCCCAGACCCUGGACGGCGGCCCGCGCCGCGCCCACGACUCGCCCCCCGACAGUCCCAGCAGCUCGCGUCGCCGCCCUGGGCCCGGCGCCCGCUCCGCCUCGGCCUCGCUGCUGCCGGACGCCUUCGCCCUGACCGCCUUCGAGCGCGAGCCGCAGGCUCUGCGGCGCCCGCCGGGGCCCUUGCCCGCUGCGGCUCGCGCCCCAGACGGCGCGGAGCCGGGAGAGGCCCCGACGCCCCCUGGCGGCCCUCAGAGGAGCCCCGGGCCGCGCCCGGCCGCGCAUGCGCACGCCGAAGCCCUGCGGACACGCUUGAGUGCAUCGUGGGGCGAGCCCGGGGGCCUGCGCGCGGUGGGUGGCGACGGCAGCACCAGCAGCUUCCUCAGCUCGCCGUCGGAGUCCUCCGGCUACGUCACACUGCACUCAGACUCGCUGGGCUCGGCGUCCUAAGACCCACCAGCACCUCUUCCUGACGCUGGGCAGGCCGAGUGGCCUGCAGGUCACAGCACCAAAGAUGCCACUUCUGUCCCGCGCGCAGACAUGUGUCACCCCUCCAGGGGUGAGUGGGUGGCAGCUUCAGCGCCUUUGUUCUCCUGCUGCUCCCUGCCGGCAUUGCCUGGGGGCGACUGCUGCCCUGCACGAUUGUGCUGGGCACCGACCAACUGUUGGGCAUGGCAUCCUGGAGGCAGGCUGAGGCUGGGCUUGGGUAGUGAGAGUGCGUGCUCCUCUGGCUCCUCUGGCUCUCCCCAGCUCCAGGCAACUGGGCUGAGAGUUAGGGAAACCCUGGGCCUGGGCCACCCAUCAGAUAAAACAAAGCUGCUCCUUGCCAGAGCAGAACAGGAGCAGCCGGCCACUGGGCCACGCCCUACACUGUAACUGUCACACCCCAGGAUGGAGUGUAGAGGGUCUCUAAGCACAGGGGUCUUCAGAGCCCAAACAAGCUCUCUGACCAGGUCUCCCUGUUUCCGACCUGUUCUGCCUCAGUUUCCCCAUCUGUGAUGAACAGGUGACCAUGUUAACUCUCAGGGCCGUUUGAAGAAUUCUCCUGGUCUGUGUACUCUGGCCACUGAGUGGACCAGGUGUGAGAGUAGUCUAGGACCCUCUGUGGGUCCUUUGUGGGGGUCACUUUUCAGCAAGUGGCCUGGUAUGGCACCCCAGGCCUGAAGCCUCUCUCUCAGUACCCCUUGCCUCCUUGGGGGCUCACACCCACCCCACUAAGCACAACACUUUUGCAUUGACACCACAGCCACCUGACCACUGUUUCCAUUCCCACCCUCAUCACUCUGCUAUUGCUGUUACCUGUCCCCAAUACAUCAGCUACCCCUGACCCAAUCCAUGAAGGUAGUAGAUAUAGGGUGGAGAGGACUAAAUCAGAGAGGCCUGGACUUCCUUGUCCUCAUGCCCAUCCCCAAUCUCACCUCCCCCACCUGUGCAGGUCUGGCACCUGGCAAGAGACCUCUUCUCCCAGGGAGAGGGCUUUUUUUCUUAACUUUCCCUCCUGGGCAGACCCCAUACAGGCCUUGGCUUUGCCACAGGCCCUCGGUCUUGAGCUGGUAGGAUGGGGGCCAGUGCAGAGGCUGUUUCCUCCAGGCCUUGUCUCUAUGCAGUGGCCCCUUAAUGUGAAGACUGGUGCAGUGUCCAAGGCCAGCACAGAGUCAGCUUGUACCCUCUGCCCCUUCAGGUGGCCAAGCCCACCUUCUCACCCUCUGGACAUGGUUCCAGCCCCAGGAGAUGCUGCUGGGGGGAGGCUGUCCAACUCUGUCUCUGCCUCAGAGACCCCUACCAGUCCCUGUCUGUGGGGUAACUGGGGGAUGAGUUGGCCACAGGGGACUGAGCAAGGCAGGGGACUGCAGUCCAGACAUGGACAGGCAAGGGGCCACCUCUGGCCCAUGCUGCUGUGCCUUCAAGGACCGAUGUGAUAUGCGGGGGCAGAGGUCACCACCUAGCCACUGUCUCCUGCAUUUUAGGGGCAUUUGUCCACUUGUCAGCUUGGGUUUUCACCCAUUUGCCACCUUGAAUUUUUGCUCUGCAUAUUUCAUAUCCAAUGGCAAUACUCGAAGGGGCUGAAUUCCCCUGAAAUCACUUCACUCCUGAAGUUUCUACAAAAAUAAAGGGGAGAACCCCAAGUGAAGGACCUGGGGCCUGAGCUCUCUCCCAAACCUUGUCCAGCCUCCCAGCCUGUUUGCUGCACUAAGGAGCUUGACCCCAGGCUUACCAGGAGGGAGCUCUGUCUUGGUACCACCACCCAGCCUGGAAGCCAGGAUCCCUUUGUAGUUUUUUGACAACUGAGCAUUUCUUCUGUACAGGACCCAAUAAAAACGUCCUUAAGAUUUUCA